AAAUUACCAAUGUAAAAAUAACCAUUGUUUUAAAUGGAAAAGAUGUUCACUAUCGGUUUAAAAAUAAAAACCGUAUGUCGAAAUGUAUUUAAGAUUUAAAGGUUAUUUUUGCAUAAAUGUGUUCGCGUCGUCUUCCAGAACUUACUGGAAUAUAAAAUGGUAUCUAGUGCUACCAUUCCGAUUGAGCCAAUAUUUAAUGCAAUUGAUAUAUAUUCGAUAUAAGAUGAAUUCCGAUGAUGCAACGUAGAUUGGAGCAACGCCACCUACUGGUGUUAACGAUGAAAGUAGUAAGAGAGGUUUAAUCUCGAAUGCUGUUGAAAUUAAUCGUGUAAGUGUUCCAAAAAAGUUGUUUCAAAUGUAAAUAGAAAUGAAUUCGUAAUAAAAUUUUAUGAAAAAUUAUUUUUUUCGUGAAAAUAUUUUCGAAAGUCGUUUCGGUGAGAGGGCGCUGUAUGUAAUGCCGAGUAACGAAAGCUGUUGCGAGAGAAUUUUAUACAAGAUGGAAAGUACAGAAUGCGCUUCGGAACAAGCUAAUUUAAACGAAUUAGCAACUAUAAUGUUCGAGAAAACGGGAGAAUAUCUUCACGAAGAAUUAGCAGCUACACUUGAUGACUACAGAUUAUUAGAAGAAAUGAAUCGAGUGACCAUAACUAAAUAUUCAGACAUGAAACAGAUUGCUGCAAAUGUUAGUAAGGCAUUAAAAGAUCUGAAUGAAAAAUAUAAAUGUUUGAAGCCUUAUUUAGAACAAAUAGAUCAAGUGGAAGAAAGUGUUACUAAAUUAGAACAAGUUGCAUAUAAGCUAGAUGCUUAUUCUAAAAGAUUAGAAGCCAGGUUUAAACUUUUACAGAAAAGAUAAGAUGGAAUUUCUUAUAUGAAAUAUUUGUUACAUACUUCAACAUGUCAUUAACUAAAUUGGUGUUUUAUAUAUGUGAAUUUGGGAACUACAUAUUUUAAUUCUUAUAAAAUAUUUUAUAAAUUAAACGUAGCAAAUAUAACUUUUUCUUCUUAUUAACUUUAAUUAGUAAUAAUAGAAUGCAUUUAUGCUCAAUUACUAUUUCCUUCUUUUGGCAAAUGUUUAGAAAAUGCUAUUUUAAAUUUAGAAUUUUUGUAAAUUUAACAUUACAAACUAUGUAUAGGAUUAAUAUUUUUUUGAAGUAGAAUUCUGUUACUGGUAGUAGUGAAUUUUCUGUAUUAUAUAAAAGAUAAACAAUUUUUUUUCCUGAAGUUUUCUUAGAAAACAGUGACAUGGUUAAAUUUGAUAUCACUAAUAAUAGUCUGUAUGUUUAUAAUUAUUUAAAAUUACCUUCUCAGUUAUAAUAAAAUUAUAAAUACUUCAUUUUAUUUUA